CUAGAAGGCGUGUAGUAAGCUAGAAAACGUUAAACCGCCGCACAAGUCUCGCAAAAAGUAAACUAAGCCAUGAUUAGCACCGCACAAUGAACGCAACCCCACACUGUCCAAUAGGAGGCCGGGUAUCUGGUCGUUCGCCCCCGCCGCAUGUGGAAAGAUUCGUGCGGUGAACGUCGCACAAGUCGCGCAGACAGACAUAUAAGAACCUGGCCUCAUCCACUCUAUUACUCCAUCACCAAAACAUAACUCGAUCCAACAACUAUUGACACCUUUCGACACCAACACCUCUCUCAAACACCAACCCAACAACCAACAAUCAACAUGACCUCUGACUGCGGCUGUGCUCCCAAGGUGGAAGCGGCGUCUUGCACCUGCGGCUCGAAGUGCGACUGCACCUCUGAGAAGAAGUGCUCCUCUUCCUGCACUUGCGCCCCAGCAAAGACCACCACCGACUGCGGCUGCCCCAAGGAAGCGGGAACCUGCAGCUGUGGCGACGACUGCACUUGCGGCAAAGACUGCUCUUGCGAUUCGUGCCCUCACAAGUAAACGGUUCGCCACACGUUGUGGAGGUUUGAGAUGACGCAAGCGGCUGGUGUUCAUCAUUCCGAGGAGCCGGGAGCUAGUGUGAUGCAAGCGAUCAACGGCAUUGUAGUUUUUGUGGGGAGAUGAGAUAUCUGGGCGGAGUUACUGGCUAAUGACAACCACGGGGCGAACGAUGGGAUGGAGCUUUGGGAUGAGAGGCGUUAGUCAACACAUGAUACCAUCUGUAAUCGAUCAAAUCGAUAGCACUCUUGUAAAUUGGCUUUUUCCUUCCAUGAACAUGUCUGUGCUAAUCGUAAAGGGGUGGAGUUAUCGUUCCCCCUAAACUGCAGCAACUUCAUAUAUCCUUUAAGUAUAACCAGACAUAGCUUGCAGGAACAUUCAGCCUGGACAGCGUGUACUUGGCCAUUGCCUAUUAGUGACUCAUAACCAGUCAAGGAUCCUAAUCCUGUACUUCAUCUCAACCACAGCACACAGUUGUGUCCGCCUGCAUCCGAUCCUUCC